AUCUUAUCAUUAUUUUUUAUUAUUUCCAAAAACAUUUUUAUAAUUGAUUCGAUCAUGGGGUAUUUUUCUCCCAAACUGUAGAGGGCGCUACUUCAUUAUUUAUCACUCCUAAAAAGGCGGAUGUUCGGCAGACGAGCGACACAUGUAAACAUUCAUUGGUAUUAUUUUGUUGUCGUGUUGCUUUUGCGAUGGAUAAAAAGACGAAAAAAUCGAGUUCUCAGGAUUUGCUGUCAUGUGGCAGCGGCGGAGGAGGUCUUGCUGACAAGUUACUCCUGAAACCGGCGGCCGGCUUGAAGACCGAAAGAGUUCCAGCAAGCAGCGUGUUGGAGCGGCUGCACACUUUCCUGCCGAAGAUGGCAGAAGCCAAUGAAAAGCUGAAGCGGCAGAUGGAAGACUCUUCUGCAGGAGACUUCGACAUCCAGAACGUAGAGCAGGCAGAUAAAGUCAUCGAGAUGGAUGUCGCGCUGGUGCAGCUCAGCGACUCGGGGGAGGAGGAGCACACGUGCGACGAGGACUCCGACGAGGAGAGUGACUUCACGGAAGACGAGCUCAAACUUCCGGGACAGAAGAGCGGCGGCAAAGACCAAGUCAGCAUCCAGGUUGUGGAGUAGAAGACUUGGGUCUGGUGACACAUGUACAGUCAGGGGAACAUCCUCACAACUUGUGCCUUUUUUAAAAGACACGCUUGACUUUACUGCUCGAGUGUGUCUCAGGCGAGAAAGCAGUAUUUUACUUCCAUUUUUGUUUUUAUUCAAAGUUUUUGAUUUAUGUGCAAAUGUUCCUUGGAUUGUAAGUCCAAGUCAAUAAAGCAGAAAGUAAGUUGCAUAUGGAGGAUGAUGGAACCUUCCAGUUCACUGGCCGGGCCAGGAGGCUCGCAGGUUGAGGAGUAUGAAGACGUCGCAGGGAGCCAGGUUGUACACGCCCAUAUCGUUCAAGGCCGACUUUGGCGACGCUUCGUCUCCGGCGUCCUCCUCUGCCUCCUUGAUGAGAGCCCUCAGAAGGAUGGCGGAGCCCACGUUGAGACACAAAAUGAUGCAAGCCUCCUUCACGCUGUGGAGAACACACCGCUCAUUAUCUGCUUAUUUAUUAGCCCAAAGAUGCUUUAAAAGUCUUAAUACUACUUAGUACUUUUUUCCUUAUGUAGGACAUGAACACGUUUUUCUUUUUUGAUGCAUUCUGAAUUGUAAAUAAACGUUAGCAAAAGUCGGCUAACGAAGGAGCCAA